UUCGAAUAGAUUUCGAGUCAAAUGCAUCUGCACUUGGCGGAUAUCUUGUCCAUACGCUGUUCUACAGUCAGUGAAUGAAGAUCGGUACCUACCUGGUUUUGCAAUUCAAGAUACUCAAUUUAACCGUGAAAUAUGUGCAUUACAUUUUUUUAUUUGAACCCUCAAGCUUCAAAGGACGAAUAUAAAUUAAUAAUAAUUGCUAAUCGUGAUGAAUUUUAUUCUCGUGAAGCUGCCCCGGCUCACUGCUGGGAAGAGAAUCAAUCAAUAAUUGGAGGUCGUGACUUGGCAUCCCAUUCGAAAGGUACCUGGUUAGCAUUGUCGAAAAAAGGAAGAAUUGGUAUUUUGUUAAAUAUCAUAGAUGAUCGAAUACCCAACACUCCUGGUGCUACUAGUAGAGGUGUUUUAGUCGAUGAUUUUCUCAGUGGAGACUUGAAAUCAAGAGAGUUCGGUCAAAAAUUGAAGAGCGAACAACGGGAAUACAAUGCAUUUCAUUUGCUGAUGUUUGAUUUUAUUUGUGAUGAUAUUGAGGCUUAUAUUUUGACCAAUCUGAGCAACAAGAAGCCGGGCGAUUUAAAUAAAUUACGAACAGGAUACCAUGGUUACAGCAAUAGCUCCGAAUUACCUUAUGAGAAGGUGAAAUGGGGUAAAAAAAAAUUCGAAGAAAUAGUUAAUCGGUAUAAUCGCAUCGAGCAACGUGAUUUAUUGCUGAAUCAUCUUUUACAUUUGCUGAAAUCUCCAAAAGGACAUUAUCCUGAUGAAGUGUUAUCCGAAUCAACUCAACUAUUCACUAAUAAUCAGAGUGAGUUCAUGGAGAACCUCAGCUCAAUUUUCGUUUCUUUUCCAGAAGGUGGGCUAGGAACCAGAACACACUCAAUUAUAUUGGUGACUCGAGAUAAUUUUGUGGAUUUCAACGAAUACACGAUGAAAGAGCCCAUAAAUUUAGAAGACACGGAGUGGAUUCAUUCCCAUUUUCUCGAAAAAUUCAAGAGCUGAUGAUGAACCUACACCUCUACUUCAAGUUGUCAUCCAAUUGCUAGCCAGCUACCCAUGCCUGUAGUCCUUCAAUAUACGAGGACAAAAAUGAUUCAUUAUCUACUCUAAUCAUCAAAAGCACCCUGUAUUUGCACGAAUAAUACAAGAGUACCAUAAUCCAA